AUGGGGAUAGUAGAGAGAGAUAUCGACGAUCUACCUAAAAAUCCAGCCAAUUACACUGCGUUAACACCACUCGGAUUCUUGGAGCGGGCGGCUUUGGUGCACCCGACCAGGAAGUCCGUAAUCCACGGCUCUUUGACUUACACGUGGCAAGAUACUUAUCGGCGGUGCCGCCGAUUAGCCUCCGCCCUCACCAAACAAGCCGUCACCUUUGGUUGCACGGUUGCAGUGAUUGCACCCAACAUUCCAGCCAUGUACGAAGCUCAUUUUGGAGUUCCAAUGUCUGGAGCUGUUUUAAAUGCUGUCAACAUUCGUUUGAAUGCAAAGACUAUUGCUUUUCUUUUAGGACAUUCAAGAUCUUCUGUGAUAAUGGUUGAUCAAGAGUUUUUCACCUUGGCCGAGGAAGCUUUGAAAAUUUUAGCAGGAGAAGGCAAAGGCAAUUUCACGUCUCCAAUAAUUAUAGUUAUUGCAGAUGAGAACUGCGACCCAAAGACACUCCAAUACGCUCUUGGAAAAGGGGCAAUUGAAUAUGAAAAGUUCCUCGAGACUGGUGACCCUGAAUUUGCUUGGAAACCACCGGAGGACGAGUGGCACAGCAUUUCCCUCGGUUAUACUUCGGGAACAACGGCUAGUCCGAAGGGUGUGGUGCUUCACCAUCGAGGGGCGUACCUCAUGGCUCUGAGUAACGUCAUUGUAUGGGGAAUGCAAGAAGCAGCCGUGUACCUCUGGACCCUACCCUUGUUCCAUUGUAAUGGCUGGUGUUUCGCUUGGACACUUGCAGCAAUUUGUGGUACAAAUAUAUGCCUUAGACAGGUGACAGCAAAAGCCAUUUACUCAGCUAUAGCCGACCUUGGUGUCACCCAUUUCUGUGCUGCUCCAGUAGUCCUCAAUACCAUAGCAAAUGCAAGAAAAGAGGAAAUUGUGCUUCCUCUUCGUCGCACUGUUCAUGUAAUGACAGCAGGGGCAGCUCCACCCCCUUCCGUUCUCCUUGCUAUGUCACAACGUGGCUUUCGAGUCGCACACACUUACGGUCUAUCUGAAACUUACGGCCCCUCUACAAUAUGUGCUUGGAAGUCUGAGUGGGAUUCAUUGCCCCCCGAAGAGCAAGCUCGUAUGAAUGCACGCCAAGGUGUUAGAUAUGUUGCUCUGGAAGGCUUAGAUGUUGUUAACACCCAAAACAUGAAGCCUGUACCUGCAGACGGGAGGACAGUCGGAGAAAUUGUGUUCAGGGGAAAUAUUGUUAUGAAGGGAUACCUAAAGAAUCCUAAAGCAAACAAAGAGGCAUUUGCGAACGGUUGGUUUCAUUCGGGUGAUGUCGCUGUAAAACAUCCUGAUGGUUACAUAGAAAUUAAAGACAGGUCGAAGGAUAUAAUCAUUUCAGGAGGUGAAAACAUCAGUAGUGUUGAGGUCGAGAAUGUUUUAUAUCAACACCCGGACAUAUUUGAAGUAUCUGUAGUUUCUCGGCCCGAUGAACGAUGGGGUGAAUCGCCUUGUGCAUUUGUGACAUUAAAGCCAGGAGUCAAUACCUCUGAUCAACACCGCCUAGCAGAAGAUAUAAUGAAGUUCAGUCGAGCAAAUAUGCCGGGUUAUUGGGUUCCAAAGUCCAUAUUCUUCGGUCCCUUGCCAAAAACAGCCACCGGAAAAAUACAGAAGCAUUUGCUGAGAGCCAAGGCAAAGGAAAUGGGACCUCUAAAGAAGAGUAGAUUAUAA